AUGAACCCCACUCCCCAGCCGGUCCCUACCGAUCCCCUUGCGUCUUCGCCGCCCAGCCACCCCGACUCUAACAAGCAGGACGUGGUGAGGGCUUUUGCCCACGUCGAUGACUUCUGGGGGCGACUGGACCUAAGCCUGUACCUGUGGUUAGUCAUCUUUUUCGGUGGCAAUGUGGGCGUCUUGCUCUACUAUAUCUUCUCUCCCAAAGAGGGAGUGCAUAGCGUGGCUCGCAAGUGGGGAGCCAUCGGCUUCACCUUACUGGCGACCACUGUCUUUCACGGCUCGAAGCCCCGGAUAUUCCAAGCUCUUGCUCCCUUCCAGGUCAUCAGAGCCUGGAACUCCAAUUUCCUCGAAAUCUCGUCAAUUCCCAUGACUACAGUAGCAGGAGGCGCCGAACGAGACGAGAGGAACCUGAGAGUCUAUGGGAUGGGGAAAUUCUGUUUCCAUUUUAUAGAAUUUUUCAGCAAGAUCCCAUACGUCCUCUUGAACCUUCAGAGAGUAGUCAGUGGAUCGGUGGUCGUGGUGAGUCAUGCAAAACAGUGUGUCGUCGUUGGCUAA